CUAUUAUGCGUUUUACAUGCCAAUUUUGACGUCUCAUGCCUAUACUAAUAUUUGACAAACCUUUUCUAACGAUUGACAUUUAUUAUAAUAUUUUGGACGUUUAAUUUGCGAAAUCUGACAAUUUUUCUAAAGUUUGACGUUUCUUUCGUAACUUGAAAAACCAAUUUUUAAUUUUUUUUUCCUAAAUUUUAAUUUGGAAAUAAUUUCUUUCGAUUUCAAAAGAAAAAUCUAAACUUUAAGAGUAUUUUAACACUUAACAUUAUUUAUGCCUCUGCUUAUGUUACAAAAUACAUAAAUUUCAUUAUCCUGAGCAUAAUUGUCCCAUUUUCCUCAUAAAGAAUUUUUCAAGAGAAUAAUUUUUAUUUAUUUAAAUGAACGAACAAUUUUUAUCAUUCAACUGUGAUGAAAAAUCCAAAGCAUAAACAAAUCCAAGCAUAAAACAUAAUGCAAGCAACACAGAAAUAGAGAAGAUAAUAAGUCAAAGAGAUCACCAUAAGCCUUGUAAGAACCACAAAGCGACAAAAGCCGAGAAAACUUAGGAAUUCUCAUAAUCGCGAUAAGGCAUCGCAUGAAAAUAUUUUCUCCAACUAGCCCAGUUUUGUAUGAGAGAGCGACAUUGAAACUUCCGGAAUUUGUUUAUUCUCUUUACAAAUAAUCUGGGAAAUUCCAAAGAGACGCAGUUUUGUUAGUGGAAAAAUAAAAAUGAAUUUCCUGCAGCUCUUGUUGAUCAUUGUUGGUGUUGUUGCUUCUGUAGCUGUUGCACGGCAUCAGGUGACCCACGUACGAGGGGAUAAUCGUCGAAAUGAAGUGAUUGUUUGGUGCUAUGUAACAGCAAAGCCACCAAUGAAGCUCUCCUGGAAGUCCGGGGAUCACAAGAUCCUCUCAGUGAAUGUAAAAGUGGGUCAACUUCCGAUGGAGAGUGAGUGGAAUAUUGUAGAGAGUGGAAAGCUCUAUCCGCAGAGAGAUUUUGUGCGACAGCCUGGAAAAUUCUACGGGAUGCUGAAGCGCAGAAAGGAUGAUUUUGCCUUUGCCCUUGUUAUCCCAACGGCAGCACCAGGAUUGCGAAAGAGUGGAAAUUUCAUCUGUGAAGUGGGAAAUUCUCCUCCAGUUUCCAAUGGAACUCUAAGCGUGGGAUUUGAACCCGCACUCAUUCGCGAGAGAUUGCUGAAAUCAAAUAAUUCGGAAAAUUUCAUCCUCGAGGGACAUCCUUUUGAGCUAAAUUGUCCCUUUGAUGGAGAUCCACAGCCUCAGGUAUCCUGGAAAAUCCCAAAAAGUGCCUCCAGUGGGGUAAAAUACGAAGAAAAUGGGCAGAGAUUGAAAAUUUCAGCAAUGAAGCGUAGUUUUUCCGGCGAUUAUGAAUGUUUCGUGAAAAAUAUUCAUGGGAAAGCAAAAAUGAGAUUUUCCUUGAAACUAGGAGAAUCUCCCAAACUUCUCGAUUCAAGUAAAUACGACAGAGUUCUCGAGAGUUUUGUGCAAUACCUGGUGGUUCCCAUUGAUAAAAGGAUAACCCUCCAAUGUCCUGUUUCUGGGAAACCAGAGCCCAAAAUUUGCUGGUAUCGUCGAGAUUCAAAACGCCUAAAAGCCACUUCCGCGUCAAUUAAAAUUCGCGCUCCUAAGAAUAGAAAUUCUACAUUUUUCUCCUGCAUGGCUUGGAAUGAAUUUGGUCAAAUGGAGAAAAUGUUUUACAUCUUCCGCGAAGGGAAGAUUCCCAUUUUCAGGAGAGCAGAUGUUAAAAGGAAUAUUUCUGCGUAUGUGGGGGAGGAAAUUCAAUUGGAUUGCUCUACUUAUGGAAUCCCUGUUCCGGAAAUUAAAUGGUUUAAGGAUGAACGAGUUCUGAUGGAGAGAAAGGAUAUUCUGAGAAUCCCUUCAGUGCAGAGAAGUAAUUCAGGAGAGUACAAAUGCAAAGGAGGCAACCAAUAUGGAGUUUUCACUCGAAUUUUCCAUGUUACUGUUAAAAAUAAAUAAAAUUUUACAAAAAUUAAAGAAUUAAAGAAGAAAAUUCUCGUAAAA